UUCAGUUGUUCUCUGUAUUUUAUUUACAGUUAUAUUUACAAUUAAUAAGAUCAGUGCCCAGUGUCCAGACUGUUAGGACCGGGCCCAACACCCCUCUCUGAGGAUGUACGGCCUCUCGUGGAGGAGGCUUUGUUCGAUCUUUUGCUGCCCUCCGCGGCUGAACCGUAUUAUUGCCAAACUGGCCUUUCACCCCCCGGAGCCUACGUACACGCUACGUGAGAUUGAGGCCCCCGCAGCCCAGGACCUGGCGCAGGAUAAGCAGGUGGACCCCACAGUCUCUCUACCUCCGGUAUGCAAUCUGCAACUGUCAGAGGGGGCUAACUGGCCACAUUCCCAGCAGAAGCAGGACGCUGUAGAGAUGUUCCGCUGUACCACCAAGCGGGGUAAUAGCCUGGCCUGUAUGUAUGUCCGCUGCGUCCCUGGGAGCCGCUACACCCUCCUCUACUCUCACGACUGUGCUGUUGACCUAGGCAAGAUAUGCAGCCGCUACCUUGCCCUGGGCUCCAAGAUCAAGUGCAAUAUCUUCUCGUAUGACUACUCAGGCUAUGGGGUGAGCAGCGGAAAGCCAAGCGAGAAGAAUGCAUAUGCAGACAUCGAGGCAGCCUGGCACGCCCUGAGGACCCGGUAUGUACUGUAUGACUGGGAUGUAUGAGUCUUCUCCAGCCCUCACAUAGCCUCUGUCCUGUAUG